UGCAACACGUACCUAGCUGGUCGCCUGCAACACUGAGAGCUUGAUGUUUCCAUCUCUCACUCUCGCCACGACCACGACCACGAAUUUCCAUUGCCGCAUCCGCACACAUACCCACCAUCGUCUCCCCUCCAUUUGCUCGGACUGACAGCACCCAAACGUCGCGCGCUCUGAACUACCAGCGGCCAUCAUGGCCGACCGAUACUCUUUCUCGCUCACCACCUUCUCGCCCAGUGGAAAACUGGUGCAGAUUGAAUAUGCGCUCAAUGCAGUGAACCAAGGUGUCACAUCGCUCGGCAUCAAAGCUGCCAACGGCGUCGUCCUUGCCACCGAAAAGAAGUCCUCCACACCGCUGAUCGAUGCCUCAUCGUCCUCGAAAGUCUCGCUCAUCACGCCCAACAUCGGUAUGGUCUACUCCGGCAUGGGUCCCGACUACCGCGUACUCGUCGACAAGGCGCGCAAAGUCAGUCACACAGGCUACAAGCGGAUAUACAACGAGUAUCCGCCAACGCGGAUAUUAGUGCAAGACGUGGCGCGCGUGAUGCAAGAGGCGACGCAGAGUGGAGGUGUGCGGCCGUACGGCGUGAGCCUGUUGAUUGCUGGUUGGGACGAUGGGAUUCUGCCAGAGCAGGAGCAAGCAGAAGCUGCAGAGGAGAUGGAUCUGGAUGAUAAGAAGAAGAAGUCGAGGAAGACAGGCGGUAUUCUGAAGGGCGGACCAAGCUUGUACCAAGUCGACCCCAGCGGCAGCUACUUCCCAUGGAAGGCCACAGCCAUUGGCAAGAGUGCAACAAGCGCAAAGACAUUCCUGGAGAAGCGGUACACAGAGGGUCUGGAGCUGGAGGAUGCGGUGCACAUUGCACUUCUGACACUGAAAGAGACGAUCGAAGGCGAGAUGAACGGCGACACAGUCGAGAUUGGCAUCAUUGGGGAUCCUGCUGACCAUCUGCUCGGGUACGAAGGAGUCGAGGGGGCUACCGGCCCACGCUUCAGGACUCUGAGUCCGCAAGAGAUCGAAGACUACCUCACCAACCUGUAGAAAUGAUCGCAUAGCAUGGAUGGCGCUCCAACAUCGCGGCACCCCGCCAGCCGUCACGUCUGUAUGAAGUAGAAAGAUAAACCGAUGCUAUUCCGGCUCGUACUCAUGACAUGUUCCAAGCAACCCCGCCUUCCUCCAUUCCCAGGAUGCUGACAUGUAGCGAAU